AAUACGGACAAAACUAUGCUUCAUAAAGUAUUCGCAGUCACGCACGGAUGUUCUUAAAAACUCUUUCUAUUUUAAAGUAAUAAUAUCGAAAAUUUAUACACCUAUUAAUUGUACAUUUCCGUUACAAUAUGAUUGAAUUUUUUCCGAGUUUGAUUAUCGAACUGUUCAGUUCCGUGUACGUAUUGUAUGUAUUGUUGGUCUUUCUAUCGAUCACCUACUACUUUUCAACGUACACUCUCGAUAAAUGGAGCAAACUGAAUGUACCCUACCCGCCGCCCUUACCACUGUUUGGCAACUCAAUGAAAAUGGUCUUGACCUUGGAGGAACCGAUACACUUUUUCAGUCGUAUUUACAACCAAUUUUCGGGUGAAAAACUUUGUGGUUUCUACCAAAUGACCACGCCGUUCCUGAUGUUACGCGAUCCAGAGCUAAUCAACAGCAUAAUGGUCAAAGACUUCUCGUACUUCACAGACCAUGGUGUAGAUACUCAUCCGUCUGUCAACAUCUUAGCAAACAGCCUGUUCUUAUUGAACGGCGAUCGGUGGAGAACGAUGCGACAGAAGCUCAGUCCCGGGUUCACCUCGGGUAAACUUAAGGACACGCAUGAACAGAUCAAGGGGUGCAUUGAGCAACUUAUGAACGUCAUCGACGAUAAGUUGAAAACCUGUGAUCACUUCGAACUGCGAGAGAUAAUUGCAAACUUCUCAACGGACGUCAUCGGGGCAUCGGCUUUCGGUCUGAAAUUGGACACGAUAAAAAACGGAAAUUCAGACUUCCGCAAGUUCGGCAAGAAAUUAUUCCAGGGAAACUUAAAACAGCUUUUUAUUCAGGCUCUUUUGCUGGUAUGUCCAAAAUUGGUGUUUGCUCUAAAGCUAAAACAGUUCCCGGAGGACGUGUCUGAAUUUUAUGGAUCUAUGUUCAAAGAAGUCCUCGAAUACAGGAGCCGGAACAACGUUAUCAGGAACGACGUCACGCAAACCCUGAUACAAGCUAGGAAUGAUUUGGUGUUAAAUAACGACUCAACGUCCGAAAACAAAUGGGCCGAAAUAGACAUAAUCGCAAACGCGGUACUGAUGUUUGUCGCUGGGUCCGAAACGGUUUCUACCUUGACAUGUUUUUGUUUGUACGAGCUGGCAUUGAACAAAGAAGUCCAAGAUAGGCUGCGCGAAGAAUUGACGACAAAAGCGAAAUACGGAGGAAAUUUGAACAACAACUUUUUGACUGAUCUCCGUUACAUGAACAUGGUUUUGGAAGAAGCAUCGCGUAAAUACUCUAUCACUUUAAUCAUACUCAGACAAGCAACAAAGAAUUACAAGGUACCCGGUCAGUCGUUAGUCAUUGAAAAGGGACAAAAAAUCGUCAUACCAAUACUCGCCAUACAUAACGAUCCAAAAUAUUAUCCCAAUCCCAACACUUUUGAUCCUGAAAGAUUUUCCGCGGAAGAAAAAUCUAAACGACUCAAUGGCACUUACAUACCGUUUGGCGACGGACCGAGAUUGUGCAUAGGUAAACGGUUGGCGGAAUUAGAAAUGAAAUUUGUUCUAACGGAAAUAUUAUCAAAAUAUGAAGUAUUGCCGUGCGAAAAAACGGAAAUACCUCUAAUCAUAGGAAGUCCUGGAAGUAUCGUCAGUCCAAAAAACGGCAUUCAUUUAAAAUUUAAACCGCUCGUUGUAAAUUAACAUUAUUUAGCAUAAUAUACCAACAAUAUCCAUAUUGAUAUGUCCAUUUUUUCCAAUAUUAUAUAUUAUGCUAUUUUUAAAAUUAGAAAAUAUAAUACUAUUCAAUACUACAAA